CGCCUGGCCCCGGCCCUCCGAGCAGUGUCCUCCUCCUUCCCUUCUUUCCUCCCUCCCGGUUCCCCGCCCCGCUUCUCCUUCUCUUCCUCCGCCUCCGGCUCCUGCUCGCUCGGUCUCCGGCUCCGGCGCCGGCUCCUGCUCCUCCUGGCCGCCCGGGGCCAAGGCGACGAGAGGUUGUAAAAAUCCAUGUGGGACGGCCCCGGGGCGAGCAUCCGAAAGAUCUCUGAGUGGAGUUAUUUUCUGGUACGGACUGUGAAAAGAAUGCGGUGAAAAUUCUGGACAAUCGUGGAAAUAUUAGCUCAAACCCCAACUUAAUAUAGCAUUUCUUCUCUUCAGUAACACCUCAUAAUACAAGAAAAAUGUAUGGAAGUGCAAGAACAAUCACCAAUCUGGAAGGUAGCCCUUCCAGAUCCCCUCGUUUGCCAAGGUCUCCUCGUUUGGGCCACCGAAGAACAAGUAGUGGGGGAGGUGGAGGAGCAGGCAAGACUCUGUCUAUGGAGAAUAUCCAGUCCCUCAAUGCAGCCUAUGCUACGUCUGGACCCAUGUAUCUGAGUGAUCAUGAAGGGGUGGCUUCAACAACUUACCCAAAGGGCACUAUGACUCUGGGAAGGGCUACGAAUCGAGCUGUAUAUGGAGGCCGUGUCACAGCCAUGGGGAGUAGUCCCAAUAUUGCUUCUGCUGGACUUUCCCACACAGAUGUCCUUUCAUACACAGAUCAACAUGGUGGGCUGACUGGCUCAUCCCAUCAUCACCACCACCAGGUCCCCUCCAUGUUGAGGCAGGUAAGAGACAGCACAAUGUUAGAUCUUCAGGCCCAGCUGAAAGAACUGCAGAGAGAGAAUGACCUCCUCCGGAAAGAGCUAGACAUCAAGGACAGCAAAUUAGGAUCUUCCAUGAACAGUAUUAAGACUUUCUGGAGUCCUGAGCUUAAGAAGGAGAGAGUCUUGAGGAAAGAAGAGGCAGCGCGGAUGUCUGUCCUCAAGGAGCAGAUGAGGGUUUCCCAUGAAGAAAAUCAGUUACUGGAUGCCAGAAGAACCAAGCACCUACAGUUGACAAUCCAGGCCCUUCAAGAUGAGCUGCGAACCCAGAGAGACCUCAACCACCUCCUCCAGCAAGAGAGUGGCAACCGAGGAGCGGAGCACUUCACCAUCGAGCUGACCGAGGAGAACUUCAGGCGACUCCAAGCUGAGCAUGACAGGCAGGCUAAGGAGCUGUUCCUUUUGAGAAAGACAUUAGAGGAAAUGGAGCUGAGAAUUGAAACGCAGAAGCAAACCCUCAAUGCCCGAGAUGAGUCAAUUAAAAAACUUCUUGAGAUGUUGCAAAGUAAAGGCUUGCCAUCCAAAAGCCUGGAGGAUGACAAUGAGCGAACGCGGCGGAUGGCAGAGGCUGAGUCUCAGGUCAGCCACUUGGAAGUGAUUUUAGACCAGAAAGAGAAGGAAAACAUACAUCUUAGAGAGGAAUUGCACCGAAGAAGCCAACUUCAGCCGGAGCCAGCCAAGACGAAGGCUCUCCAGACUGUCAUCGAAAUGAAGGACACGAAAAUUGCUUCAUUGGAGCGAAACAUAAGGGAUCUCGAGGAUGAGAUCCAGAUGUUAAAAGCCAAUGGCGUGCUGAACACUGAGGACCGCGAAGAAGAGAUCAAACAAAUUGAGGUUUACAAAAGUCACUCCAAGUUUAUGAAGACCAAGAUUGAUCAGCUGAAGCAGGAACUUUCAAAGAAAGAGUCGGAACUUCUUGCCUUACAAACAAAGCUUGAAACCCUCAGCAAUCAAAAUUCAGAUUGCAAGCAACACAUUGAAGUGCUCAAAGAGUCGCUUACUGCCAAAGAACAGAGGGCUGCCAUCCUUCAGACUGAGGUAGAUGCACUGAGAUUACGACUGGAAGAAAAAGAAUCUUUCCUCAAUAAAAAAACAAAACAGCUGCAGGACCUCACAGAAGAGAAGGGGACACUGGCCGGUGAGAUUCGUGACAUGAAAGAUAUGUUAGAAGUGAAGGAAAGAAAAAUCAAUGUUCUUCAGAAAAAGAUUGAAAACUUGCAAGAACAACUUAGGGAUAAAGACAAGCAACUGACCAACCUGAAAGACAGAGUGAAGUCCUUGCAGACGGAUUCCAGUAAUACAGAUACUGCACUGGCAACGCUAGAGGAAGCUCUGUCAGAGAAGGAGAGAAUAAUUGAACGCUUGAAAGAACAGCGAGAAAGAGAUGAUCGGGAAAGACUAGAAGAGAUAGAAUCCUUCCGAAAAGAGAACAAAGACCUGAAAGAGAAGGUCAAUGCUUUACAGGCGGAACUGACUGAGAAAGAGUCUAGUUUAAUUGACCUCAAAGAACAUGCAUCUUCAUUAGCCUCUGCAGGGCUGAAAAGGGAUUCCAAAUUAAAAUCUCUAGAAAUAGCCAUCGAACAAAAGAAAGAGGAAUGUAGCAAAUUGGAAGCACAGUUAAAAAAGCAAGCUGAGCAGUUGUUCAAUCAGAUGUACAACCCAGCACAUAAUAUUGAAGAUGACUCCAGGAUGAACCCUGAGUUUGCAGACCGAAUAAAACAGCUCGAUAAAGAGGCGUCUUACUACCGCGACGAGUGUGGCAAGGCCCAAGCGGAAGUGGACCGGUUGCUGGAGAUCCUCAAAGAGGUGGAGAAUGAGAAGAAUGACAAGGACAAGAAGAUCGCAGAACUGGAGAGGCAUAUGAAAGAUCAGAAUAAGAAGGUGGCCAACCUCAAGCACAAUCAACAGUUGGAAAAGAAGAAAAAUGCUCAGUUACUAGAAGAAGCGCGCAGGCGAGAAGACAGCAUGGCUGACAACUCACAGCAUUUGCAGAUAGAGGAACUGAUGAAUGCACUGGAGAAGACCAGACAGGAACUGGAUGCCACCAAAGCACGUCUCGCCUCCACACAGCAGUCCCUGGCCGAAAAAGAAGCACACUUGGCCAACCUCCGGAUUGAGAGGAGGAAACAGCUGGAGGAGAUCCUGGAGAUGAAACAGGAAGCACUACUUGCAGCCAUCAGUGAAAAAGAUGCAAACAUUGCCUUGCUGGAACUGUCUGCCUCCAAAAAGAAAAAGACGCAGGAAGAAGUCAUGGCCCUCAAGCGGGAAAAAGACCGACUAGUACAUCAAUUAAAGCAGCAGGUGGGGCCUCCUGCAAGACAGACCCAGAACAGAAUGAAGUUGAUGGCAGACAACUAUGAUGAGGACCAUCACCAUUACCACCACCACCACCAUCACCACCACCAUCGAUCUCCUGGGAGGUCGCAACAUUCCAAUCACAGGCCCUCUCCGGACCAGCUAUCAGAAGGGCUGAAUAAAGGGAACAUGCAGCUCUGCAGCAAUAUUCUGAUAAUCUAUUGCAGUGCAGCUCACAUCACUGUCCACCACCACCUGGAGCGGCUCAUCAGAACUGAAGGGGAGUUUUCACUUACAUUAUUGAGCGUGAUUCUGUUCUACUUGAUAUUUCCUUCAUCACCUCAUGUCAUUUCUCAUGGAUUUGGAUAUGAUGGAAAGGAAGAAUGCAGAGGAGGAGAAAAGUGACAGAUCCUCCAUUUUUGUCAGGAUACGGGCAUUUUGAAUGUGAUCAUCUUUGCUGAAUGUCAUUAUUUGAUAACAUUUUGUUUAUGUUACUUAAACAUCAUUGGAUAAAUUUGAAGUCCACGAGAUUUUAUCUGUGGAUUCAGCUUCUGUUGGACAACUAGCCUCAUCUCCAGUAUCCUGCUGGUUCAGUCUAAUUGGUCAUUCCUAAUGCAUUAGAUUAUCAAAAAGUAUAAAUUCGCUGUGAGUGAGUGGUGUUGGCAGUGUUUGUAUACCAUGAUGCAUGGAGUGUUUGACGAAGAAACAAAAAACACCAAAAAUUGCGAGCCUUUACCCUCCUCUAUUUCUUUAAUCUGUUGUUUGAAGAACCACAUUUUGAGGGUGUAACCAGUAGUUACCUCUGGGCCAGGUUGGAAAUGAAAUCAAUUUUUUAAACCACUAAUACUUGCCAAGAAAUCGCCUUAUGAGAACAUGGUGUGUGUCUCUGACAAUGCGUGGCACAUCUAAAUUGAUCAUUCAUAAUUUUAUCUACCCGGUCAUGUACUGGAGAGUGGCAAAAGCCUGAGGCACCUGCAUAUCUCUAGUCCCUGUGUUCCGCACAUCCCCACGGUGGACAUGCCACCAAGCCUCAGACUCUUACCAUCCCGGUACAUGCAGGUCUCCAUGAAGAAGCUGGGACUCAUUCACGUUUCAAGAUCCAAAUGCUGUGCAAACAGUGUAAGCUUAGAUUUUCUGUAAAUGAAGGGUCAUUUCUCUCUUUUUUUUUUUUUUUUAAAGAAAAUGUGUCUGCAACAUGGAUUCCAAAGCAUUUUCAGCAUCAAACAUGAAAACAUUGAUGAAUGAGGAACAAUCACAAAAGCUGUGUCUCUGUAUAUAGCUCUACACAACAUGUAUGUGGAUACAGUCAUUAUUUAAAGCACAUGCCAGGGAAAAAGACCAAAUUUUGAGGUCUUUUACAUACAGUGAUAUGGUACUAAGGAGAAUUAAACUCCUACUGCUUCCUCUGAAUAUUAAGAAACAAUUAAAAUUGUUAUAACUUCAUAAAACUUAUGACUGAGUCUGGCAAACAUGUGCAACUCUUGUAUUGCUCCAUUUUCUUGUCAAUGGAAGAAACCCUUCCAUGUGUAUGCAAGUGGGAGAUGAAAACCUGCAUUUUUAAAGGACAAACAGUGAAUUUAAGCAUGAGUGGCCUUAAUAAAUAUAGUCGUCUUUCUUUGCUGCUGUGGAAAGGAUUCUAAACAGAUGUCCCUGAAGUCUUGCAUUGAAUUUAGUCAUUAUUAUUACUUUUUAAAAUGUUGAUGCAAUUAACUCUGGACCUCUCUUGUGAGCCAUAGAGAUAUUUAAAAGACAAACACCUUAUUUGUUGGGGAAGAUGAAACCAUCCCUGAGUUGCACCAUUCUUUCUUGGUGCAUUCGUGGUUAAGAUACUCAAGCAGGUUUCUUGCUUCUGGCUUUGUUCUUGUCAUCAGUAAGUGUAACAAACUAUGUAAUGCUUACGUGUUGCAUAAACAAUCCAAAUGCAUUCAUGUUUUAAAAGUUUGUCCUUUAACUAUCAGAGGGAUCUAGGUCUUGGUUAGAGAAGUAAGCAGAGUUCUUUGCAAGCUUAUUUAGCACAUUUUGACACAAUGUUGCACUGAAAACCCAGGCCACAAAUGCGUCCCAGUGAACAGUUUGGAUGUCCUCAAAGAAGUGGUUCUCACUGCCUCCUACAACCAGGUCUUGACCUGAACUCUGCAACUGAAUACUUGAAGUAGGAAGUAGGAAAUCCAGUAGGGAAAAUAGGGUCCUUGAAACAGAAAAAAACAACCAACCCAUGUAUAGCUAGCUAUUUCUAUGUAUGUGCCAAUUUUGUCACAGCUCGUUUGGAGGGAUCAUUUUCUGCCCAACUUUCGUUGGUUAAAAGUAUUACUGAUCUUACCUUUAUGAGGGCAUAUCAUUUAGUCCCUUAAAAAUUAAAUUCUCUCUAACAUAACAACCUUUCCCAUUUCAUGUAAUAUUCUCUGAUGUUUGGGGGUUACCAAAAAUAUCCCUUUUUCACAUAUUAAGAAUAUUCUCUGGGUUUACAACAAACACUGUGAUGCUGGGAAGCUAUUUCCUUUGCGCAAACUUUAGCAGGUUUCCUUCUAAUCAUAACAUAGUUGAGAAAAGAAGUUUGGGCUAACAUUUAGGAGAAGUUGGUCUUACUUUGUGCAAAAGCAGGCUUGUACUUUAUACCCCAUUUGAUUUCGAUGUACAAUCUCAAUUUUGUAUUUAAUGAUUUUUGUGUAUCCAGUAUGCACGUUAACAGCGUGUCAACUUUCAUUUGAAAGUGGGUUUCAAUUUACUUUUUAAACAGUGUUUAUGACGAGACCUCAAAUGUGUUGACAUAAGCUCUAUCUGCAAUGUUUUUGUGUAGAGUGGCGAUUGAAUGCUGCCGAGGGUCAGUGUAUCUAAUUCCCCGAGACCCUCGUUUGAUAGUGCUUCUUGUAAUAUUUCCUCAAGUGAGUGGCAUGUGGGUUGUGAUAUUGACCAUGUGAUUAUGGACAUCGAUAUGAAAAAUAAAUAAAUAAAAUUAAGGAACCCUGGAAACUACCAGUGGGCAUGUAUUAGCCAGUCAUUGUAACCUCGUGUCUAGUAGAACAAUGUACAAGGUAUGUACAGUUCAUAAAUUUGUUAUCAUGUGUAUGAGAAGUACUUUGUGCUGAUCGCCUUAUUUAUAUUCAUCAAAUAAACCUCGUUUCUUUCUGAA